CUGUCAAGUCGUGAGCGGCCGAUCCACGGCAUCCAUGCUGCUGAUCCGUUCAGCGGUGGCAGUGGCAGUGGAGAUAGGGUGAUUCUGUUGAUCGUCGCGAAGAAUGACACAUUCGACAGAUUAUUCGCUUCUGCUGAGCUCAGUUGUCGGUUCCGUGUCUACGCUCCAGAGGAAGAAGAGCUCUUUGGUACAUACGCCAUGGAACCCCUCUACGAUACCAAAAACAAUCCCGAUCUGCAUAAAUUACUGACCGCCGCCAUUCGUAAAAAUCCCUCAGGCAACACGUCAGUGGCUUCGUUCGCCAGCCUCUCUUGGAUCGCGGCAGUAGUCAUUGCAAUCAUGAUCCUCUUGGCUGUUAUUAUCCUGGCCGUUUGUGUCGUGAUGCGUAAUAAGGGACGGACAUACCUUCUGUAUCAACGACCUCAUUUUCACUUUAACCUCUGUUCCUGGUCGAGUUCUUGCGGGGAGCUUGACCCAUUAGAAGUCUGCAGUUACUGUGUCUAUUUAUUAUCGGUCUCGGCGAAUUUAUCCAUGAAAAUCUAA